AAGGGAGAAAAACUCGAAGAAACAUAAAAUUCGUCAAGCUUUCGUAUUACAACGAUAAUAACAAUAUAGUACGAUAUGCGGACACUCAAGUACAUUUUCCAGCAAAUACACACAUACAACAUACUUGUCACGUCACGUAGACGUAUAUACGUUGCACCUAUCAAAGUUCUAGGUCAUGAUGCAAGAGACAAGAUCACACACAAAAUUCAAUACGAGGCCUACAUUAGUCGUAUUAUUCCUAGCUGUGUUAUUCUAUCAUUCUUAUUAUUUUGGAAGAAAUGGUAAAUCCAACGAAUUUCGGUUGGAACUCGUACAAGUAUUAUUUAGACAUGGAGAACGAACACCGCUUGCUAAAGAAAUGUAUCCUAAUGAUCCUCAUCAUGAAUCUAGUUACGAACCAUGGGGUAUUGCUCAAUUGACAAAUGCAGGAAAAAGACGUGAAUUUUUAAUCGGGAAAAUGUUGAGGGAACGUUACAACGACUUCUUGGGUGAUUUAUAUCAUCCUCAAGACGUAUAUGCUCGUAGCACGGAUAUCGAUCGGACUAAAAUGUCUCUGCAAUUGGUUUUAGCAGGUCUUUAUCCACCAGCAAAAGAACAGAAUUGGAACCCAAAUUUACCAUGGUUAGCUAUUCCCACACAUUAUGCUCCAGAAAGAGUGGAUAAUUUGUUGAGACCUCAAGCUUGUUCAACAUACGAGGAUGCUUUGGAAGAAGUAAGACAAACGCAAGAAGUACGUGAAAAAACUGCAGUUUAUGCGGACGUAUUAAAACAUCUUACAGAAAAAACUGGUAUGGAAAUUAAAAGUCUAUCGGAGGUUUACGAAAUUUUUAAUUUAUUGACAUCACAGAAAAAUAUGAAUUUAACGUUACCGGAAUGGUGCACCGAAGAAUUGUAUCAAAAGAUGGAGGACAUGGUAUUUCUCGAAUAUGAGAUUCGUUUCUAUACAGCAAAAUUGAGACGUCUAACCGGUGGCAUGUUAAUCAGGAGAUUUAUUGAAAAUAUGAAUAUAAAUGGAGAACAAAAUAAUCCUCGGAAAAUUUAUCUUUACAGUGGUCAUGAGAUUAAUAUUGCAGCUUUUACAAGAGCACACGAUAUUCAUGUACCCAAAUUACCUACUUAUGGUUCGGCAAUUAUAAUGGAAAAAUUGCGUAAUACAGAAGGAAAACUUUUUAUUAAGAUGCUUCUGUGGACUGGUGUUUCUGAGGAAUUAAUUACACUUAAACUUAAUAAUUGUGAUGAAAUUUGUUCAAUAGAUACAUAUUUAGAAAAUAUAAAAGAUAUUAUUCCUUCUGAUGAUGAAACAAAUUGCUAUUGGAAUACAAUAACAAAAGAAGAAUUGAAAAAUCUAUAUAACGAGAAAAUAUAUUUUAAUUAAUUUAUAUGAUUUUACAUAUACCAUUUUUAUAAAUUUUCUUUAUCUUUUAAAUUAAAAUUAUUCCAUUACAUUGUAAAAUUAUCGAUUAGGCAAGGAAAUUCUACUACCGAUGGUUAUUUGUAAAUCAUUGGUAAUUUGUUGUAAUAACUUUUUCUUUUUCUCUCUAAUUCCAUCCAAUAUUUUUUCGUAAUUGUAUUAAAAUCACGUCGAGAUUAAUAUUAUGUAAUUUCAAAAAGUAUAUUACUAAGUCACGUGAUUUCAAGUUUGAAGGUGAUUGGAUAAGCAAUCAAAGCUUGUGGUGAAAUGAGAUCCAAUCAUCGUCGAGAUAGAUAUAUUUUACUUAGGCUAAAUUAAUCAAUAUUAUCAUUUGUUGAGCAGUAGUAUACGUAUUACUUAACCUCUACAAAUAAUAUUAAUAAAAUCGAACAAAAUUAUAUAUAGAAUAAGAUAGAAAAGAAUUUAUAGAAUAAAUAACGCACAUUUCUGUUUAUUAAAGAAUAUCAUCAUAUUUGCGAUAUUUUUUUCCGUUGUGUAAGAAUAUUCCUUCUACGAUAGUAAACUGUAUGUUACUAAUUUAUUACGAAACAGUCUGAUCAACUUUCUUCUGCCUGAAUGUAUGUUCAAUACACAUUUACCAACGCAUGUAAUCUAUAUUAGUUAAACUAUUAAGCGAAAGUAUUAUAAACGAUUAUUUUAUGAUAACCUCAAAA